ACACACAUCCUCUGCUCAGUCUGACAUCGCCACAGCGUUCAACAGCAGCACCAUUACCUCAUCAAUCAUUUCAGAUCAUCACUGCAACAUCCCACUCCAGUAAUGAAAGGUAGUCGCUAACAAUAACAACUUUAAAUUGAUCGGGCAGGGAGGGCUUUUUUUCUAUUCUUUUUUUAACUGGACACAUGAAUUCCACCAUGGAUUCAGACAUAGACACGAAUUAUGAAGAUUUUCUGAAUUUUUUGGCUGGCAAUGACUCUUAUGUAGAAACGAACCUAGGUUAUGUAGAGAGUGGACAUGUCCGUCUGUGUCAGAAGAUGGACGUAGUGCACUUCGGUGCCAAGUACCUUCCGCCAUUCUUCUACAUGAACUUCAUCAUCAGCAUCCUGGGGAACGGGCUGGUCCUCUACAUCAUCUACAAGUACGAGAAGCUUGGCACCGUUACCAACAUCUUCCUGCUCAACCUGGUGAUCUCUGACCUGCUGUUCGCUUGCAGCCUCCCCUUCUACGCUGUCUACCAUGCCUCGGAGUGGAUCUUCGGCCGGACCAUGUGCAAGCUGGUGAGCAGCCUGUUCUCCGUGGGCUUCUACAGCUCCAUUCUCUUUCUCACACUCAUGACCUUCGACCGCUACCUUGCUGUGGUGCACGCCGUCACGGCUGCCAAACAGAGAAGGAAGGCCUAUGCCAUCAGCUCCUCCGUGGUUGUGUGGGUGGUGAGCUUGGCAUCUAGUGUGAAAGAGCUGAUUCUGCAUGACACCCGCUCUGACCCAAAGUACGGCGAGCUGUGUGAGGACCUUGGCUACGACCAAAACUCCAUGACGAAGUGGAAGCUGUUUGGCUACUACCAGCAGUUCAUUAUGUUCUUCAUGAUCCCCCUGGCCAUCGUCCUCUACUGCUAUGUUCGCAUCACGGUGAGGGUCCUCUCCACUCGCAUGAGGGAGAAGUGCAGAGCGGUGAAGUUGAUCUUUGUCAUCGUGCUCACCUUCUUCAUCUGCUGGACCCCUUACAACGUAGUCAUCCUCCUACAAGCCCUUGAGAUGUCUUACAGUAGGCCUACAGACUGUCUGUCAGACACGCUAGACUACGCUCACUUUAUCACGCGCAACCUGGCUUUCCUCUACUGUUGCAUCAGCCCCGUCUUCUACACUUUUGUGGGUAAGAAGUUUCAGAACCACUUCAGGAAAUUGUUGGCCAGACACAUCCCUUGCCUGAAGUCAUUCGUGCUCACAACAGACACCAGAAGCCAAACCAGCAAGACGACAUCUUGUAAGAACCCUUAUAUGUUGACUGAUAAGACAUCAGUAAGGAUGCUUUAAUCAGUGACUUGAAGACCAUAACUACAAUAUAGCGUAGUUGUCCCGACAUUUUCCCCCCUGUGCUUAUAGAUAAGCACAUAGUACCGGCUUUGGAAAUUCCUCUUGAUACUAAUUGUAAAACUACAGUUGUGUCUCCUAAAAUGUUGUUCUGUGUGCAAUAUAGUUUAUAUAUGAACAUGUAUGAAUUAGCUUUGAGCAGUAGUCAUUUGAAGAUACAAAUAUAUCAAAGCUUUCUUUCCAUUCUGCUGGUCAGAGGUACCUUUUUUUAUUUCUCUCUU